AUGUGUGUACCUCGGAAAACUCAUCUUCAUGGACAACAACUUGUUUACAGAGAUUAUGAGGUGCAGAAGAUGCUGUGGGCGAAAAUGGGGAACAUUGAAGGGGCGGCUCAUCUCGUAUCGGACAAGAAAAUACGAACUGACCUCUCCGACCCUGCGGUAUUGCCCGCACUCUGUUACGCAUCCGAGACGUUGGCAGUGGGCAAGACGUCAACACCAACGUUGAUUCGCGCACAAAGAGCGUUGGAGAGGACGUUGCCGAACACCAACCGCACAUUGCAGAGAAGUCUCAACUGCCGCAGCGCAGAUAUGCUCUCAAGGUCUAUCUUAGUGUAUGCGUGGAACGCAAAGAAACGAUGGUCAGGUUACGUGGUACGCACGGACGACAGCGAAGUGUUGGCCAACACUGGUCCCAAACUUAAAAAUAGAGGGAAGUGUGUGCUCGCCGCCGAGGAUUAUCAGCCGACAACGAGCGUCCAAUUGAUUGCAAUGGAACAAGUACAUCGCUACGACUUAUUACGCGCUGCUCGACGGCUUCAGCAAGCUGUUAACAACAUUUCACCAUUUCUUUUCAAACCAUUGCAGCAUGCAGAAGGGGCUUGGAAGCAGCCCACCAAAGCUGGGCAGUUGCUAUCCAGCACGCAGGAUGCUGAAGAGGCUGGUCACACCUUCGUCAGCGAAUAUAUCAACCACUGGUCCGUAAGUGAGGAAGAAGCUGCCGAGGAUUGGGCAAGACAUCCUUUGGGUCGGCUCGAGGUAGCCAUGAACAUGCUAAUCCAGAACAAUACACCAAUUUCUUGA